AUGGGGCCUGCAAAGCCAUUGAUGGGACCACCACAGAUGACAACGCGAACUCGGAUCAACCUGCUGGGUGUUCUUGCAGCCCUUUUCCUGCCCUGGGCUGUGUAUAUUACCAUGUUUGCACUUUGGUCUUUCCAGCUGCGAUAUACCGCACCAGGAAAGGUCCUAGCUAUUACGGUGAUCCUGGGCCUUAUUGUUGGUCUUUACUGCCUGUACAGAGUCCAACUUUCGUGCAGAGCUCUAUUCGGCCAAUCUUCCCUUGUUGAAACAGGAAGAUUUGCAGUUUGGGCACUAUUCAUCGCCGUUACAGCUGCUGUAGCUUUUGGCGUUGGUGUGCCAAUGGGGAGCUACAACUACUCGAAGAAUAUGAGAGGUAUUUACGAUGUGCAGUCCCUGAAUGCAUUCGUGGAGGUCAAUCCAGCAACAAUGCGUGGCCAGGAACUCAUGGAUGCGGGAAGAGUGCAAUUUGUGUCUGGUGCAAACAUCAACCUCAACCUGGCCAAUGGCUUCAAGAACACAGACAUUUAUUGCGUUGCUCCAAUCACCGUCAACAAUGCGGCACUGGCGUCCUACGACUUCUGGGCCGUGGGCAAGAACUGUUGCUCAGAUCAGCUUGCAGACUUCAGAUGCGGUGCGUAUAAAAGCCAGGAAGCCAAGGGUGGUGUCAGAGUCACGGACGAUGUCGAUCGGGACUUCUACAGGCUUGCAGUGCAACAAGCACAGUCAGCUCACGCGAUCAAGGCAAUUCAUCCACUCUUCUUUGAAUGGACUGGCGACACCCAUGAGCAAAUGCUGAAUGACGAACGAGCUGGAUAUCAAUUCUUCCUGAUGGGGAUGAUGGGGCACUUUCUCUUCCAAGCGGUGCUCGUGGCCAUUGCAGUGACCUGUUUCACGAAGAGUGCCCAAGAAUGGGCCUGGAGCUCAGAAACAGCCAGAGCAGAUCCAGAACAACUCCCUUCAGAGCUCAACGACCGUUUCAGUUUCGCAACUGUGGCAACUGAGGCAGAGACUCUAGAAAAGACUGCUCCGCCAUCCAUAUGGUCAACAGCAACUUACACUCCUUUGGCCAAAUCUCAGCAGAUCCUCUUAACGCGGCCUGGGAACGUUGAAUUUUUCUUCCCCGGAUCCUUUAAGCAAGGAGGAGAUUAUGUACAAGUCAGUGAGGUGGCCGAAGUCCAUGUCAUUGUCGCAUAUGAUGCGGAGACGGGCCGGUGUUACUCCGGACUCUGCUUGCAAGCACACCCCAAUUUUCCACACAAGUUCUCCAGAACGGUGGAAGAGGUGAAAGUGAAUCGAAAAGCAGCCCAGAAGGAGUGUGCUGACGAUGUUUCGGAGGCAAGUCCGUCUAUGGGAAAGCUCAGCCACCAGUGCAGCUGGAUGAGCCGAAGCCCAUCCGCAGCAAAGCUGAGCCCAAGGAUGGUCAAGUCCGCGUCUCGCACCAGUAUGCUCUCUAUGGAAAAGCUUGGAGAGCCUGAUGAGCCUCCACCAACUCGAGAACAGCAAUGGUUCUGCUGCUUGUUUUACGCCAUCAAGGAAGGCAUUCUUGUCUACUUUGCCGAUGACAUCGAGAGCUGUGAGCAGGUGGUGCAGUCUGUGCAAUCUCGCUACAGAGAUGUUCAGGACUUAGAAGCCAGCAUGAAAAACCCAGCAGUCCCAUGUGUUCAUCCACAGGCGCAGAUUUACCGCCAUUUGGUGGGUGGCGCACCUCCUGUAGUUGGCCGUGUUCUAUCGCGGGUGCUGCAGGAAGAUUUGGCGCGUGAUUUUCAGGACCAGGACCUGGGUCAUAGCGGUCCAUGAGGAAAUGUUGGAUGAUUAUGGAGUCCUUGAUUUUUUAGAUAUUUAUUGUGGACCCCCCAAAUGAACCGGCCUAUUUGGCCUAUCUACUCUUCCCCCAAAGGACAUCAUCAGCAAACAAUUGUGAAAAAGACAUUGUUAUCCAAGGUUGGGAACCCCUCACGAGUGAUGAACGAUUCAGGUGAGUCUUAAAGGUGAGUCUUAUCGGAUUUUUUGUUCUUUGUAGAUUGAUCAUCAUCGAUUUCUCGAUCCCACUGAGAUCAUGCCAACUGUGGAGAAGC